UUGCUUCGUUGCCAUCGCCAAUCUCGCUCUCCCUUAUUUUGCAUAGAAAAUAAACAAAAAGCUCUGCUGAAAUAAUGUUUUCACAAUAAAAUCCAACACAUUUGUGCUGGCGCAAGUGUGUGGUGGAUAAACCAAACGAAAAAGAAACCUAAAAUCGCUUAACACUAAAAUAUCGCCUAUUGCGCAUUCCACGGCAGCAACAAUACCAGUAGAGGCAGCAGCAACAGCAACAACAACAACAACAACGAGAACAGCAUAGCAAAAGUGCUUUCAGUUCACCGCCGUUGCAGCCGGAGAGCUGGCGUUGGCGAUGGCCACGGCACCGCGAUCCCUGGACACCAUCUCCCUCUGCUCGACCGUUUCCAGCUGCCCGGACCGAAAUGGCUUCUAUGGCGGUUUCCAGCGCACAGACAAGCCCAAGGAGCCGCUGUCCAAGGCGCAGAUCAUCGCGCGGGAGAAAAAGUGGCUCUACAUGAUCGACAACUGGUCCAUUUACAUGUCCAAAAACUACAAAAAGAUCCGAGAUCGCUGUCGCAAGGGCAUACCAAAGUCGGUGCGACCCAAGGCCUGGUUCUAUUUAUCGGGGGCGUAUCUGCUAAAGAAGAAGAACCCAAACGUGUACAACGAGCUUCUGGAAAAGCCCGGUAACCCGACGACCAUCGAGGAGAUCAAGAAGGACAAGCAUCGCCAGUUCCCGUUCCAUGAAAUGUUUCUCGACGAGCAGAAGGUCGGACAAAUCGAACUCUUUAAUGUGCUAAAGGCCUACUCGAUAUACAAUCCCAAGGUGGGCUUCUGCCAGGCGCAGGCACCGAUAGCAGCGUUCCUAUUGAUGCACCUGCCCGCGGAGGACGCCUUCUGGGUGUUCGUCAGCGUGUGCGAUGUAUACCUGCAGGACUAUUUCAUACCCGGCUUGGAGGUGAUCCAGAACGAUGCUGGCAUCCUGGAGGGUCUGCUAAAGAAGACAUGCCCGCCAGUGUUCCGUCACCUACAGAAGCACAAAGUGGAGCCGCUGCUCUACAUGACCGACUGGUUCCUGUGCGCGAUGACGCGGACUCUGCCCUGGGAGACGCUGCUGCGAGUAUGGGAUUGCUUCCUGGCCGAAGGCAUCCGGGUGAUCUUCAAGGUGGCCCUGGUCAUAAUUGGGGCUUCGCUGAGCCGACAUAAGGUGCGAAAGACGUGCACUGGUCUCUGCGAGACGUUGGCGGUGCUGCGGUCACCCGAGGAGCACAUUGUGGAGGAGGAGUUUAUCAUUAACAAUAUGAUGCGGCUGAAUCUGCGCGUAGAGGACUUCCAGAUCGAGCACACACGCCAAAAGGCUCGACGUGCCAAACAGAAGGCGCAGCAGGAGGCGGAGUCCAGCGGUUCCGGCAACGGACAUCGACGCAAUAUGCCAACGCUGUGAGGAACCGCAACUACUACUACUUCAACAAAUUGUUACUAAACACACAAACAACACACACCAUGCAUAGUUGCAUAAGAUUUGUACGUUUUAAGUCGAAUAGAGGAGGCAGGUCGUGCACAAAGUGGAAGCGAGUGGAUGCGAGUGACCCCGCACUGGUUUAGUCAGUUGGUCAGUCAAUUACGGAGACAUCAUUCCAUGCAAUCAGUUUGCUAAUUUUAAGACCAUUCUUUUGUUGAGCUCAUUCGGGCUGGACUUGUAUCGGUAUUUGUUUUCGUAUUAUUCAUUUAGUGGCAAUUAUUACGAGUGUGCAAUUUGUUUAUGCUUUUCAAAAGUAUUUAUUACAUAUUUAUUAUUAUCGUAUAACACUAAAACCCGUAGCGUUUAGCUAGCGUUGAGUUGAGGACCCCGAACAUAUCGUAUGAUUAUCAUUACCACCCCAAAAUGCAGCUGACCCAAGGACUGGAGGAUCAUAUAGUUUGAAAUUUUGACUACUUUAUCCGUAUUAACUCUGAGACGAGAAUGUUGAUAUUUACCUACGAUAAUGCGUUACGAACGACUUAUGUUGUGCCCCCGAGCCUGAAAAGUUUGGAGAUCAGUUUUGUGACUGGUUUUAGGCAAAAAUAAUAUAAAACUUGAAUACUAAUAAAACAAAAUAUACCGAAA